AUGCGGCCCUUUGCUUGCUUUUAUCCGGCCCUUGGGGUAUUAUUACCCCAACUCUCAGCAACAGUGGGGCAUAUUCAUGCCACUGACACUGGGGUACUAGUCUUCCCACUGACACCAACGAUGGAACACUAUUACUCUCAUUGAUAUCAAUGAUGGGGCACUAUUUCUCCAACUGACACCAAUGAUGGGGCACUAUUUCUCCCACAAACACCAAUGAUGAGGCACUUUUCCUCCCAAUGACUCCAAUGAAGAGGCACUAUUCCUCCCACUGACACCAAUGAUGGGGCACUAUUCCUCCCACUGACACCAAUGAUGGGGCACUAUUCCUCCCACUGACACCAAUGAUGGGGCA